AGAUAUGCUUUCUUGAUUUUCAGCGUGUAAAGCAAAGCGAUUGAACCGUUUCGGUAUGUUUCGGGUCUUCGUCAUAUUCCAUAAUGCAAAUAAAGAGUAGCGGUAAUGAUUGUGGCUGUUCCGACGGACCAGUUGGAUGAAUGGUGGCAAGCGCUGCGAACUCCGCCCUGCCGAUUUUUUCUUCCGCCGCCGCGUUGCUGCUGGCCGCGUUGACGGGCGCCGUGCGCUGUGCGGUCUAGCGUGAGCGCGACGCCACCAUGAACAGCGUGAUGGAAGACGUGUCGUCGACGUUCGCGCUCGACCCCCAGGAAGAGAUGCGGCUGCUCAAGGAUAAGGUCCGGCAGCUGGAGCUGCAAAACAAGCAGCUCCGCCGGAGCCAACAGCACCAGAGGUCCUUGUCCCCGUGCAAAACUGCCGAUUCCGAGAAGAACAGCAAAGAGCUGAAGCAGUCGCUCAACAUGAGCAUGUCGGACGAAGGGAACGAGAAGUCCUCCAAGGAGAGUUCGCUCGAGGACCUCGGCCUCAUCGACGUCGAGUUUAUGUCAGAGCUCGAUGACGAGACCUGGCUGUACGAGCCGCCGGAGACGGGAGCCGGCGAGGCGAUGGCACUGACCAGCGCCCGCGAACGGAUGACCGCCGAGCCCAGUCCCAGGGAACCCGUCGCUGUCAACAGCGCUCGCCUGUCGCUAGCCGACAAGCUGGACGAAAUCACGCAAUUGGCGUCAACUGCCCAAAAACUGCGACAGAUGCUUUCUUGUGUUAAGAGCAACUCAGGGCCAAACAGAACGUUCGAUUCGCGCACAUUCACUCGUCCUCGGCGGAGGCGGCCAGCACUCGACCUGGAGGCAAUGCCAACAAUUGCUGCUGUGGAAACAGGAUCAGCAAGGGAGUUGCCCGUUCAGCCUGCUGUGCUACCAACGACUAGCCCAGGGGUCAUGUCACCCAGCAAGGAGGCAGUCUCGCCAAGUAGCCCCGUGCCACCAGUAGUACCGACACAGACGUUACUACGUGCACCUGUCAAUGUUCAUGAGAUUGCUCGGCUUCAGGAAGAGAGUUUAAGACUGAGCUCUCCCAUAUCUUCUCCGAAGCGAACAUCCAUGGUUAGUGCUAGGCUCAAUGAAUCAAGGCCUGAAGAUUCCUGCUCCGAUGACCAGCACGAAGUUCAUCAAAGCAGAGUACAGAAUUUGGAAGGUGAUGCGAGGCAGCGACUCCGCACACCCCCUCUGACCUUGGCACGGACUCAGGAGAGCCAGAGCCCAUCGCCUGGAAGCAGUCCAUAUGGCUCUAACUCGUCCCUUCAUCAAAUAUCUCAAAUUCCAAGCAAAGGUGCAACGCGAAGGAGCCUGCCUAACUUGAGCAGGGUGCUAAAUGGACUGGGCACUCGCAGUCCCAGCGCAACUGGCCACCAGUCCAAGCAACAACAACCGUCGCUAAGCCAUCGAAACAAUCUUAGCCAGCUCCCUCAGCCCGAGAUCACAGGCCGCUCCGCAUUGCCCAUGUCAGCACGUGCCCGCUCGUCCUCUGUGGCAGCAGGUGCACAGGCAGCCCCAUCUGGGCCUUCCUCAGCCAGGAUGUCCCAAACGAGCAGGCGCUCUCUAGGCGUGCCACAGAGGGCGUCUCAUGCAUCACCCCCUUCUCGUAUGCCACCACCUGUACGGUACAUGCCGGCACCCCCUCCAGCUGCACCGCCAGCACCGCCAGCACCAACAGCUGUGGCAACCACUUCUGUUCCACAGAGGUCAGGGCUGCCACGGCCCUCCCGGAUCCCGCCACCACGUUCGCAGAAGAGGUCUGGGAUUCCUGCCUUCAGCAGGAAUGCUGCAAUGCCAUCAAGGUUUACAGAGCCGGAUGACGACUGGAGUGACGGUUGUUACUGAAAAUGCCACGCCAUAGGCAGCUGUGCCCCUGCACAUCUUAUAUUUUUUCAUAUCUGCAUUUUAGAAUGGGUUCUUUUUCAUUAUUUUUCUGGUGAGCACUUGUGUGUACUCCUGGUUUUUAGCGAAAAGGAGAGCACAUCGUUGUGUGCUCUCCUGCCUUCGGUAGAGGGAUGUUCCGUGUUAUCAACUGUCCAUUACUUGUCUCAGAGUUGUUUGUUCCAUUGGGAAAAAUUACAGCACAGCUUUGUAUUGUAAUGUGUUGCAACAUGCCAAGAGGCAGCGUCCCUGGAGAACAUCUACCAUGCACUUCUAAACAAAUGUACACCCUUUGGGAUGUAUAUUUGCCACACAACAAUAAUCGUCAUCUGUCUUGCUCGCGUUUCCUUUCUUGAAAACGCUGUGCUCACUAGUUUGCUGUUGAGAAUGCUGUCAUGCUGAUAAUGCGCACGCCAUUCGUUACUUGGAAGUACCGGGCUCGCAGAGUUAAAUAAAGGAAAUGCGGACAAGACAGAUGAAGAUUAUUGUUGUGCGACAAGAUACAACUCAAAGGGUGUAAUUUUGCUUAAGAGUGUAGUAGCUGCAAGGCAGCACUACAAUUAACGAGCAACAUUUCCUUCAGUCAGGCCUUAGCCAGAAACUGUUGUUUGGUCAGCUAUGGUUCCUUGGCAUAACUUUCGAGUCUUGUGCCAUAGGGCUGAGCCAACACGUUUGUCGCCAUAAGCAAACAACAUAAUGGAGGUGCUUUCAUCUUAAAGAAAAGGGAUUGCUGCAAAAAGGUGUUAGGUUUUUGUGAUUCCAGAGCAACAUUUGCACCUGCAGUUGCACUUCAGAGCAUUGUUUUGGCUAAACCUACAUGUUGCAGAUGCCAAGUUACCCGUAUAUAACCUCGUGACUUAACCGAACAACUUGCCCCGAGCUGUUCCUGCCACACCUGUCAGCGAUCCAAACCAAAGUCCUGGCAGUGUUGCAGGCCUCUUGUUCAGCUUACUGUGUCAUCUCGUCUUCUGCUUCUUGUGUUGCACAGUCGGGACAAGCAAAACAAAAUAAUUUCUUAGAAGCCCAUUCAUUCUGGCAUGUUAUUGCUCACAUUUUAAACCCCAUUGCCUCUAACAUUCAGUACUUUGCAGUACGAGGCGGUAGUGCUGCCUAUAAGUGGAGAUACUCCGUUGCGUUUUGAUUUUGGAGGCUCUGGAAACUAGUGGGUCGUCGGAGCUCAGCUGUGCCGAGAAGGGGGUGGGGGAUUCUCUGCAUUUAGAGCAAUAUUACUGUGAUAUAUUUAUAGAGCUGGCCCAUGCAAAACCUUUUUUUAUUUCAUAAACUCUUCCACUUCUCCUCUUUUUUUUGGCUAAGUGAAAAAAUCUGGAGAGGUCGUAACUUCCCUGUUCAAGAGAUGUCGCGUCUAUCAAGACUGGUAUGAAUGUCUCCUCACAAGUACAACCCGAAGCAGCAGUCAUUGCCGACUGCUGUUAUUGCUCGCUUGUACAUUAACGUUGCAGGGUUUGUUGUGGAAGCUGGGAACAACAUUUGUCUCAGCUUGGGUGCUGUAUGCUUGCACUGUAUCCAUGCAGCUGCUACAGUGUUGACAAAUGCAUUGUGUAUAUAUAUAUAACUGCUGUUUUUCUAUGAAACAAUAAAAUUGCUUGCAAGAGACA